AAAAGUAUGGCCCGUACCAAGCAAACCGCUCGCAAGUCCACCGGUGGCAAGGCGCCACGCAAGCAGCUGGCGACCAAGGCUGCCCGCAAGUCGGCGCCCUCGACCGGCGGCGUGAAGAAGCCGCAUCGCUACCGCCCCGGAACGGUGGCCCUGCGUGAAAUUCGCCGCUACCAGAAGUCGACCGAGCUGCUGAUCCGCAAGUUGCCCUUUCAGCGACUGGUGCGCGAGAUCGCGCAGGACUUCAAGACCGACCUGCGCUUCCAGUCGGCGGCCAUCGGCGCCCUGCAGGAGGCCAGCGAGGCCUACCUGGUCGGCCUCUUCGAGGACACCAACCUGUGCGCCAUUCACGCCAAGCGGGUCACUAUCAUGCCGAAGGACAUUCAGCUGGCCAGACGAAUUCGCGGAGAGCGCGCCUAA